GGACUUAUGGUUCAUGGUCAUAAAAUGAGACGACUUCAUCAUUCGAUUUAUUACUUUUAUUUUAUGUAGCUUCUUUAAUAUUUAGUAUUAUUAAACUAAGCCCAUAUCUAUAUCCAAUCAGAUUCAGAAAUAUAUUUAAAUUUCCUACGAUUGAGUUACUACAUAAAUAGACCUGCAACAAUAAAAUAAUCAGUCAAAUGAUACAUUACAAUAAUAAUAUACACAUUAUAACCUUUAUCGGUUCGUAUUGAUGCUGAUUACUGCAUAUUAUUAUUAAUUUCUAUUUAAAAUAUGGAUAUAUCAUUGACAAUUCCUUUACCUUCAGCUGAGUCUGCAUCUCUAGCUCGAGAUGUGCUAAGCGUUGACAAAGAAUUAAAGAGAAGUGGAGUACAGAGAAAAAUAGAAAUUAAUGCUGAAAAUCUAGUGAUAACAUUCCAUGGCAAUGAUUUGAAAAAAUUAAGAGUAGCGGUAAAUUCUAUGAUACAAAAUAUUAUAUUAAUAGUUAAAACAAUAGAACAGUUUAAGUAAUAUUAUAGAACUAACUGACAAUAUGCCAGAGCAUACUCCUGCACCAACACCGGCAAGGUCCCUAUAUGGGUUUUUCAUGUAUUUAUUUAGUCAAACCAUGAUGUUUACAUAUUUUAUAUGGGCAAUUACUCCAGAUUCCUGGCUUCAUUACUUCAAUAUUUAUUACUAUCCACAAAAGUACUGGUCCACAGCUGUGCCAAUACAAUGUCUAGUAGCAUUAACCAUUUUUGCAUUUUUUAUAUAUCCUAGUUCUAAUUUGAUGUUAACUGCUAACAUAGAUAGUAUUAGUACUAUAAGUGAUCCUCAUGCUCAUUACACAUGUGAAAUAAAUGAAAAUAACAAUAAUGUAAAUGAACAGUGUGUGUGUACUGAUGUAAAUAAAUGUGUUAAGAACUCUCACGUAACUUCAGAAGAAGAGUUGGAAGAAAAUACAGUGCCUCCAUUAUGUGAUCUAAAUAUCCGCUUAGUUUGCCAGAAAUUGUACUUCAAAGAAUACCUGUAGUACCUAAGUUUUUGAAAGUAAUAUAAGUCUUUGUUAUAAAUACUGUAAACUUUAUUUUGCAAAAAUGAACUGUACCAACUAACUUGCACUGAAAAUACUACAAUAAAUAUGUCUAUAUUAUGGGCUACA